GCCGCCCCCAUGGCCGGAAGCCGUCGCCGCCGCCGCCGCGGAAGAGCGCUGCUGCGGCAGCAGGGCACCGAACCCUCGCCGGCGGAAGACGCCGCUCUCAGCUCCAGCAGAGAAGUUACUACUGUGGAGAGUCCCUGCCAUGCCUCAGCCUCUACCUUUUUGCCUUUGCCUGGACCUUAUGUUUGUGCGGAUCUCCUGGACAGCCUGCUUCAUGAAAUUAUUGCUCUCUUUAACUCAUUCCAAGACUUUCUUGCUUUCAUUGGCACCUGCCACUCAUGGCGCACUGCAGUCUCUACCUUUCCCUCUGUGUAUACAUUCAGCUUCCCGCCACUCCAUUUCAAACCAGAUGGUCCAUAUGUUCAUCCACAUAGUGGGGAUAUCAAGCCCAUCCUUUUAUCUAAUUGCAGAUGGCAGCUCAGUGAUCCUACCAAGAAAAACCUAUCCCUUGUGUGCUCAGUGCCUGAAAAUAGUCCAAAUGCAAUGCACUAUUUGGGCUGCUCAUAUGGGUAUCUUAUCUUCUCCGACGAGGAGCACUGCCUCCUUGUGGAUGUGUACACUGGUACCAAUGUGAAGCCCCCCAAACUCCCACCCAACAACAAUCUUGGAUACUUUUGUGGCAUAGGCAUCCUUACGGCUCCAUUAAUUUCAGCCAACUCUCGCCUCCUCCUUUUCUCGAGGGCUUCCAUGUUCGAGUGGCAGGUUGGAACAAACUCCUGGUCAGAGCACCCUCUUGAUCUUGGCCGCGAACGCAUCUAUCAAAUUGUGUUCUUCAAAGGUGAUAUCUUUGCCAUAGAUGCUCUUAUGAGGCUCCACGCUAUACACUUGACACCUCGGUUCAGCAUGCGAGAAGUACCAAUUCAAUGGGAAUUCCUGCCUAAUAACUCAUGGUUGGUGGUCUGUGGUGACAUGCUUCUCAUGGUUGCCCAAAGGUUAAACUCUGGCGGAUUGGAUGGCUCAUCCUUUAAGGUCUUUCGACUCGACUUCACUGUUGAACCAGCUAAGUGGGUGAAGGUGGAGAAGUUGGAAAAUAUUGCCCUGUUUGUUAGCCUUGAUAGGAGGGAUCCUACAUUUUCUUGCAUGAGCCCAGAAAGAUGGGGAGGAAAGAGUAACUGCAUUUAUUUUGCAAAGCUAUCUGAAGAUCCUGAUGAAACUUGGACUUCUGCUGAGCUUGGUCAGCUAGUGCCGGAGAACGCAAUUCACCCCAUGUUCUAUGGUAUGUCAUUCCCUCCCGACUGCGGUCUACUGAGUAACCAAUGGGUGUUCCCCAGUUUAAUUUAUGGUUCUGGCUAGUGAUCCUAUCAUGGGGUUCUUAUCUUAGUUAGCAACUAGUUCUGUACCCGUGAUGGUUUUUGACUUUGGGAGCAACGUUUUGUGUUCAAGUACAAUUGAUCUCUAUUGGCAUUGUGUUGUUAUGCCUGGUUGUAUUGUUCAUUUGUCAUCUGCUUGCGCCGGGUUUCAGCCAUGUGCUGAUAAAUGAGACAUAUCGUCAAGUAUAACUUGGGUACUGUUCUGGACAAACUCAUCGUGUAUUCAACUUUACUAAACCUAUCUCAUUAUGUGUACAUGCUGG